UGAACUUGGUUAUGGGACCGAGGCACCUGUUCAUUGUAUUAGGAAAUGCCUACCUGCGAGGAACAUGUUUGCUGGCAUCAUGCUACCUAGUAUUUAGAAAAACAAUUUUGUUUGGCUGGAGUUAUGCUAACCAGUUUGCGAUAUCUUUAGAGCUACUUGCUGGGUUAGUUGGCUACUGCCAUCAAUUGUGUUUAGCAUAUUUUGCCUGUUCCUCUGUUUGCAGAAUACAUACUGGUAUUUUGAAUGUGGCGCGGGAGAGGGGAAUCCGAACACUUAAGUGUAGAUGCAUGACCCGUUCGUAAUUCCAUGAUAGAACUCCGAAUAUUAAACUGCAUGAACUGUCAAGUCUAGACCUGGCCUUUGUUUCCACACGGACUUGUGGAAGUUGUCCAAAUCCUUUCCCGUAGAAGGGUAUCCUGGUUUCCUAGCAACAAUGCGAACGACGUCGAUGUGAAUGAACUUGCCUCUGAAAAGAUUGUUUACAAGCGCUAACGUUAUGGAUUAUGAAACUCCAAAGAAUCAGAUGCCUUAUCCUCGGAUUUAUGUGGAGAGAACUCUCGCAUUGAUCAAACCUGAUGCUAUACACCAAGCUGAGGAGAUUGAGGACGUCAUUCUCCGAUCUGGGUUCACAAUUUUACAGAAACGGAAGCUGCAGCUGAGUCCGGAGCAGUGCAGUGACUUCUAUGCUGAGCAGUAUGGGAAGCUGUUCUUCCCCAGCCUAACGGCCUUCAUGAGCUCUGGACCCAUCAUCGCCCUGGCUCUGGCCAGAGACCAGGCAAUCGCCCACUGGAAGACCGUCAUAGGACCUGUUAACUGCACCAAGGCCAGGGAGACUCACCCAGAAUGUCUGCGAGCCAAGUACGGCACCUCUGACCUGAGGAAUGCAGUGCACGGCAGCGACUCAUUCUCCUCAGCCGAGAGAGAGCUGAAGUUCAUGUUUCCCAACUCUGUGAUCGAGCCCAUCCCCAUGGGAGAGGCAGCCAAAGACUACCUGGGCAGGUUUGUGAGCCCCACACUGCUCAGCGGACUCACUGAGCUCUGCAAACAGAAGCCUGUCGACCCCUUUACUUGGCUGGCAGAUUGGCUGGUCAGAAAUAAUCCCAACAAACCUCAAAUAUUUGAUGGGGCAACAGGGGAGGAUGCAGCAUAAACACAGAGACCAGAAAACAGCAUCUGCCUUUACCAGUUAAAUCCAUGUUCAAGAAACUGUGUUACGUAACGUCCUGUGAUGAAAUAAAGAAUGAUAUUUUAACAACCGGAA